AUGCGCCCAGCAAUGCGUGUCCCCCUACGGGAAGCACUAUACGUGUGCUCAAACUGCAGACAAGGAGCAAUUCCCCGCGUGUCCCCGCUAGCCCAUCAAUUCCGCCGCAAUGCGUCCUCCGACUCCUCCAACUCCCCUUCCUUCCUCGAGCGCACUCGCCGCCGACUCUGGGCCACAGAAAAGCCCCCGGGCGCAGAGGACCCAUACACCGGCGAGUCUCAAUUGACACAGCAGGAAGUUGUGGAAGAUAAAAAGGAUGGUCUUGCGGCUGGAGAGACUGUGCAGGAGGGAGGUCUGGCAUCUGGUUCUUCAUACGUGCAGGCUGAUACUUGGGAGGGGCUGGAUGUUAUUGGAUUUACUGAGAAUAAGGAGUGGUUUGUGCAGGGUGUGAAUGAGGAGACGGAUCUGUAUGUUCGUUAUGACGCCGAUGUCAAGGUCCGGGCUGUGCCUCUCGCCGCUCACCAGGCUGCUGUUGAGAUCUGCUUGAUGCAUAUGCUGGGCAAGUCUCUCACUAGUGUUUGUGAGGUUGCUACGCACGAUCCGAAGAUUCAGGCUAUGCUUGAUAGCUGUGUUGUCUUGGGCUCUGAGCCUUUGAGCACCGCUCUCCGGUUCCCCGACGCGAAGACAAUGGAAGCUCUUGUCUUUGUUUUCCGCCAGAUUGGCGGAAAGACAGAUGCCCAGAUUGAGUCUCCGGAGAAAUUCAUCAUCGAGGAGGUGCCCGAGAAGAACAUUGCCCAAGGCCCUCACCAUGCUCUCUCAUUAGUUGACUCCCAAGUUAAAUUUGCCUUUGCAAAGCGGUGCUCCCAGCUCAUGGGCCGUCGCAUCCCAGACAAGACCAUCAGCUCCUCCAGUACCAUUGGCGAGUUCGUGACCGGUCUUUCUACCAGGCUCAAGGAGAAGCCUGUGCCGGUCACCAAGAAGCUGUCCAAGUACAAAGCUGCCGGUCACCUACCACCCAACCUCAAGUUCAGCGGCAAGCGUCUGAGCAAGGCUGACAACGACGAGGAUCUUGGCCGAAAGAAGACCAUCUACUCUGAGCUCUACAAGAGAGGCCUGAUUAUCUCCAAGGAUGAGAAGAAGCCUCAAGCGCUCUACUGA